UCUAGCCAAUAGCCAUGGUCUAGCUUGCAAAACCGAAACAGAAAGAUCGGCGCUGCGCACGCGAAUCAAGUGUCGAACCGACGUCACUGUUAAACGGUUGUCAACAUGGCGUUCGUCAGAUUUUCUUCCUGUUGAAAGUGUGUGCAGUGAAUUGAAACCACAUAAUCUGUUGAUUUCUUUAAAAAAAAAAAAAAUUUGACCAUUUGAGACAGGUUAUGAAAUCCGUGAAACCCCGCCCUGUAUACACAUUGAACAUAACAAUCAUCUAGCUUGAAUCAUCUUUAUCCAUCACCCUUCUGAAAGUUAAUGUUAUGUUAAAACAUGGUCCAUUGGAAUUACAUAAGGCUUAAACAAAGACAGAAAGGGUACAUAUUAAACGCUGGAAAUCUAACUAGGAAGAAUUUACAAGUGCUUCAACCAUGUGGAUAACUGAAUGAUUACCAAACCUUAUUUCUGGUCAUGUAACCAAUUAAUCUUCAGUACUUCAAAAAAAUUAAAAAAUCAGUCAGUACAACAAGGACUUCCACUGGCAGCAAUGGGUAGUGCCUUGAGCAGCUUUUUUCAGUCUGGCAGUAACCUGCUUCCAGGCAAUCAUCGUGGCAUGUCAGAGCAUUCAAAACAAAUUGUUCGCACUGUUUUUCAUGCCCUUAGAGCCAAUCCCAGAGUCACUGUUCAAAGACUGGAAGGAUUGCUUUGUCAAAUCCCCAAGGGUGAGAAUAUUUUGUUGGCCCACAACGAAGAAGGAUACAAUUUGCUACAAAAAUGUGUAGGACUUAACAAUGUAGAUAUGGUGAGGUGGAUAUUGACCAGAAACAUAGAUAUUAAUCGCGGAGCUUGCUCUUUACCUCUCCAUAUUGCUUGCCUCAAAGGAUAUGAGGACAUUGUGGAAUUGCUUUUAAAACAUGGAGGCCGCAUCGAUGUCGAAGCUCGAAUGUGCUGGCCUGGACCUCAUAAUCAAAACUGUGAAGAAAGAUUUAAAAAUUCUGUUCCAGAUGAAUCUUUGGCAGACCGAUCUAGUGACAAACUGCAAAGUGCUAUUUAUUACGGUAUUGAUGGUGAUCAGGUUGAAAUUCUUGAGCUAUUGACUCAACAAGGCGAUGAUCACUGGCUACCUUGGCAGCAAAAGCGACCUUUACUGCACAUAGCUUGCGAACGUGGUGCUUGGAGUUGUGUUAAGUAUUUAGUUGCAGAAAGACCGGAGGAAAUUAAUCAAUGCUAUGAUGAAUAUUAUCCUUUACAUCAGGCUGCCUUGCACGAUACGCGCUUCGUGGAGCUGUUAGUAGCCUGUGGGGCCCAAACAACUGUACGAACAGCUACUCAGCAAAUGACGGUUCUACAUGUUCUCUUCUUGCUGGGCAAGAAGUCGGCAGAAGAUACCCUACAAACAGCAAAGCUAUUACUUGACCAUGGUCUGCGAGAGCUUAUCAAUGAAGCUGAUUCUCUGGGCAAUACUCCUCUUCAUGCCCUGAUCGUUCGUUACGCUUUGGAAGAGGCCAAAUAUGGGUAUGGUUAUGGAUUCUCAGGAGGAUAUGGCGAUCACCGUCAGGAAGAACCUCAGCCGUGGAACAAGUGGGAUAUGCUGCACAUAGUGAGAUACUUAAUUCACCAGGGAGCGGGACCGAGCAUUAAUCAGUCGGGAAACUCUGCCUUGGCCUGUGUUCUAAGACACGUCCGUGACUGGGAAUUUAGAUACGAACUACUUGAUAUGCUGCUACAACACGGUGGCAAUCCAAAUGUGGUUGGGCGUGAUGGAUCUGUUCCCUUGAUGGUCUGUUUGGUUCCGCUGAUCAAUAAGGAUCCACUUCAUCAUUUUACACAUACUAUGAAGGUUUUUUAUCUAAAUUGUGUUCGGCUUCUUUGUAAGCAUGGCGCCCAUACUAACUGUUCAUCAAGGUCUAAUUUAACGCCACUUCACGUCCUGGUUUUUACUGCCUCUGAAAAUAUAGCUUUGAAUCGCGAAGAAGAAAAAGCACAGGCAUUUGCGUUUAUUCGCCAACUGCUAGUGAUUCUACUUCAACAUGGUCUCGACCCAAAUGUACGAUUCUCACAACGCACACAGCAUAUUCUUCUUUCGCUUAUGGAUAUGGUGAUGAAUGCUCGUUCACCGGCUGAUCUGGAUCACGUUUAUGCCCUCACACUGACGCUUCUUCAAUACCGGGCCGAUCCGAACGUACACAUUGCUACCACGGAGCCUAUGAUUUGCCAUUCGCAGUCGUCCGUUUUUCUCAAGAAAUCAUCCCACCAAGUUCUCUACUAUUACGUUCAGGUAAUUUUGCGUCGAGAAGAGCUGCUGCUAGAUCCGGAACAGCGUUACGCUCGCAUCAUCAUACUUUAUUAUAUGGCGAUGGAACAUCGGCCGUUGUACGCUUGCCUGAAGCUUCUUUAUACACAGGCCGGUCUAGUCCCCAUGAGAUCGGCUCUCUGCCGCCUCAUCCGCCAGCUUUACUCUCAUCCGCGAAGUCUGAAGCAAAUGUGCCGCGUCACCAUCUACAACGCCGUCGGACGGUGUUCCGCCCUCAGCGUCAACAAAUUGCCCCUACCAGGACCCCUCAAAGAGUACCUUCUCAGUUUCGAUCCAUAAAAAAAUUCAGUUGAGCGAUAUACAUUUUAGCGGCACAGUGUGGCGCACAAGGAGACACGUUCACGUUUGGAACAAGUGUGUGCAAAAAAUGUAAACGUAUGUUUGUGCGUGUAAAAUUGAAUGCUGUUAUCUUUUACUUAAGAAGACUCACGGACACAAAAAUGUAUAUGAUCAUGUCAGAUGAUUUUCUGAAGGGAUUUUAUAAGUUCUAUAAGCAAGUCUAUUCAUUCUGUAAGUAAGGUUUUUCUUCGCUAUUUUGGUUGUAGACAGAUUCGACAAUUGCUGCUGUUACUCAAUAGAUGUCUUCAAAUAUUUAA